UCUGUAGUAUUUGGGCGGGCUGGAGCAACUUUCUGCCUUACUGUUGCAGUGUCAACUGUGCGGAGCAGAGUAGACCGCCAACGCUGUCGUGAUGGAUACGUGCGAAGGUCUUGCAGAGUUAGUUCCUCUUGUGCAUUUUUGUAUGGCAUGGAGGCAACGACGCCUGCGCCGGAGACCACCAAGGCACAGGACUUGCCCCGACGAUGUGGGCACGGGGGAAGGUGAAGUAUUCGACCCGUACCACGCGCUGGACGGCGACUCGGAGGCGGGCGGAGCGCUGCGGUCAUUUUUACAAUGGGUGGCCCACCCGGACAAGUGCAGCACAUUGGAUGAGGACGAAGGUGGCCCGAAGGAGACCCCCGCGACCGCGGACAUCUGCGAGGAGGGCAGGACGGAGCAGCACUGGAUGAUCCCGGCAGGCACUGGCCCGAUAACCUCGGCCAAGCAGCACGGCCAGUGCCUGACAGUCGAGGGUGCCGAGAACGCGGAUGGACGGCACGAGCGUGAUUGUGAGCAGCUGCGUGGAGGAUGGUCCAGAUCAGCAGUGGAUCGUCCCAGGAGAACUGGCACGGGACAGAUCAAGUGGGCAACGAACCCGGACAUGUGCUUGGACGCCCAGGCGCUGGAGGAGGGCUCCGCCGAAGCUCCCGGCCUCAUCAUCUGGACGUGCCACGGCGAGGACGACCCCCUGUCCGACAACCAGCAGUGGCACAUCGCGAAGGCGAGCGCCGUGGCGCAGGCCGGGUGAGGCACGGCCCCUGCCCCUUCGCCCUCCCGCCUUCGGUUUCCCCCUUGCGCCUCUUCCCUCCCCUCCGAACCUCCCCACUCCAGCUCCACUCCACCCCCACGUAGCUCGAGCGCGCCGGUCAUCGCCCUGAGGCGUCCGGCUGCCGCGGAGCCCCCCCCGGGCGCGCGGAGUCGCGCCGCCCCAGGGCGAAAAGCCCUGGCCGCGCCCCCCCGCACCGCGGCGGCCGAGCGCCUGGGCUCCGCCAGGGGCCGAGAUGGGCACAAAAGGUGCCAUCCGCU